GCAUAACAAAUAUUUCAAUUAAAAUCGUAUAUUCUCCAUGCAUCAUUCAGUUGUCAAGGCCAUUCUUCUUUGUCUAUUUUCUGGUAUAUUUUUAUGCAGCGGGGUGGAAGCAAUAACUCUGUCAGAAAAUGUCUCCGUGUCAGCGGUCUUAGCAUUCGGAGACUCCUUCGUUGAUCAAGGGAAUAAUAACUAUAUCGUUACUUUGGGCAAGGCUAAUUUCCUUCCUUAUGGACAGGAUUUUGAGGGUGGAAAGCCAACUGGAAGAUUCUCCAAUGGGAGAACAAUAGCUGAUAUUCUCACCGAGGCAUCGGGAGUGAAGGAGUAUCUUCCAGCAUAUCUAGACCCUUCCCUACAAGAAGAAGAUUUUCUUUCAGGUGUAAGUUUUGCUUCAGGUGGCUGUGGCUAUUAUAAUUUAACAAACAGAAUAUCGGGUGCUAUACCACUAUCAUCUCAAUUGGACAACUUCAAGCAAUACAUUGGGGAGCUCAAGAGGAAUAUCGGGGACGAAGGUGCCCAGAAAUUAAUCACCAACAGUGUGUUUUUGGUUGUAGUAAGCACCAAUGAUCUGCUUAUUUCCCUUCCCAUCAUAAGCAUAUCACAAAAUGAUGUCCCUGCAUUUCUUAACCUGCUGGUAAAAUCAGCCUUGGAUUUUGUACAGGUUCUUGCAAGCAAUCUUCCCCAGUCCAGGGUGGCCUUCGUAGAUUUCUAUAAUCCACUGAUAAGCAUCAUUGAAAACCCUAACCAAUACGGCUUGGAAGUUACAGAUAAAGGCUGUUGUGGAACCGGAAAUAUAGAGGUGGYUUUUCUAUGUAACAAAUUCAGCUCAACGUGCGAUGAUGACUCUAAAUACUUGUUCUGGGAUAGUAUCCACCUAUCAGAGGAAGGAAGUGAAAUCUUCAUAAAUCUUAUUCUGCCAAAUUUGAUGAAUAGUUUGUUCUACGAUAAUCCAGUGCAAAUUAACUGAAUGAGGUGAAUUGUCGGUGUGGAGAUGUAUAAUACAUCGACCUUAUCUUAUGAAUAAAGGAACGCGAUUCCAUUUACUUUGGAAUCCAAUUAAUGUAACCUCAAAUAAGUUUUGUUUGKCGCCAAUGUAUUUUAAAUCCUCAUGUUUUUUAUGUUUUGCAUAUAGAUCUUGGUUUCAUGUGCU